CCCUGCUCCGCCUCGGGCCCCCGCACCGGCCCGGCCCCGUCCGCACGCGCCCCACGCGGUCCGCAGGCCCAGCGCUGCCCCGUGACUCCUGCCUCGUCCCCUCUGCGGGCAUUUGGGCACUGCCGACGGGCGGCGGCGCCCGGGAAGCCACGUGUCCCCGCGGGGCGGCGCGCGGACCGCGGCCCGCAUGGAGCGCACCUUCAUCGCCAUCAAGCCGGACGGCGUGCAGCGCUGCCUGGUGGGGGAGAUCAUCAAGCGCUUCGAGCAGAAGGGAUUCCGCCUCGUGGCCAUGAAGUUCCUUCGGGCCUCUGAGGAACUCCUGCGGCAGCACUACAUGGACCUGAAAGACCGCCCAUUCUUCCCUGGGCUGGUGAAGUACAUGAACUCAGGGCCCGUUGUGGCCAUGGUCUGGGAGGGGCUUAAUGUAGUGAAGACUGGGCGAGUGAUGCUUGGGGAGACCAAUCCAGCAGAUUCUCAGCCUGGCACCAUUCGUGGGGACUUCUGCAUUCAAGUUGGCAGGAACAUCAUUCAUGGCAGUGAUUCAGUAAAAAGUGCUGAGAAAGAAAUCAGCCUGUGGUUUAAGCCUGAAGAAUUGGUUGACUACAAGUCUUGUUCUUUUGAUUGGAUCUAUGAAUAAGAGGUGGACAAGGCAUCAGUCUCCUUUGGCUCCACUUGAUGUGUCCUUGGACACAGCUCUUCAUUCCACUGAUUUGGAAGCAAUAGUAUCGAUCUUUUCUAAAGCAUAUUUACCAAUAAAGCCUUUGGAAACUGG